AUGUCCACCACGCGUGCCCCCUAUGCUGGAACUCGUCGUAAGCUUGCUAUAGCGUUUGACGUUGGUACAACGUACAGCGGCAUAUCUUACAGUAUUCUGGAUCCCGGACAAGUACCAGAGAUCAAAGGUGUAACAAAAUUCCCGGCGCAGGAUCAAGUCAAUGGAUCAUCGAAGAUACCGACCAUCAUUUACUAUGACACGAAUGGGAGGGCUAGAGCUAUGGGCGCUGAGGCCAUGCAGGAAGGGAUUUACGAGACUGCAGAGGAUGAAGAUUGGAUAAAAGCCGAAUGGUUUGGGUCAAGUUCUCGAGUCUGCUCCUUUACUAAACCACCCACAGGUUCAAGCUCCAUCUCCGUCCCAGAAGCAACGCAACCCAAGAGAUCACUGGCCAGCUUCCUCCUCUACCCCCUGUGCGCCCGGACGUACAUCGAAGAGACACAUGCUAAUGGUGUUGAUUUGUGGCAAUCGGUCGAGAAGGAUAUUGAAUUUGUGUUAUCUCAUCCGAAUGGAUGGGAAGGUGCGCAGCAAACGCAGAUGCGCAAGGCGGCGGCGUUAGCAGGCCUUAUCCCUGACAACCAGGGAGGCUAUGAUCGAAUUGCUUUUGUGACAGAGGGAGAAGCCAGUCUUCAUUUUUCGAUACGCAAUGGCCUUCCUUCGAGCGCUCUCAAGGAAGGUGAUGGAGUUGUGAUCGUGGAUGCCGGAGGGGGAACCAUCGACAUCAGCGCGUAUGCUCGUAACCCGAACGUAUCAACCUCCUUUGAUGAGAUUGCAGCGCCCCAAUGUCAUUUCCACGGCUCUAUUUUCGUCAGUAUCCAUGCCCGCCUCUCUUUGGAAAAGCUCCUUGCCGAAUCGACCUUUUUGGACGAUCUCGACCACAUUGUUCGCUGUUUCGACAAGACGACCAAGUUGCGCUUCCGAAAUGCAGAGGAGCCCCAGUUCAUCAGAUUCGGUGGCACCCGCGACAAUGAACCUGACUGCAACAUUCGCUACGGCCAGCUGAAGUUGACAGGGGCUGAGGUGGCGGAAUUCUUUGAACCUUCUAUCAAAUGUAUCGUCGACUCUGUGCGUGAGCAGCGCAGGACAGGUCACAAGAAGUUUUCAAACGUGAUUUUGGUCGGAGGCUUUGCCGCAAGCGACUGGCUGUACACCAAAGUUUCGGAACGGUUGAAGCCUGACGGCUUCACCGUCAUUCGGCCCGAUAACCACGUUAACAAAGCCGUAGCUGACGGUGCGCUCUCUUACUACAUCGACCACCACGUCAAGACUCGAGUAUCAAAGAUCACAUAUGGUAGCCGUGGUGGAAUUAACUAUGAUCCUUCGAAUUCCGAGCAUGCGAAACGCUCCCACUUGGUUUUGACUUCUAUUUCCGGUAUCAAGCGUUUGGGCGGUAUUUUUUGGGUUUUAUUGCCAACCAACACUCAAGUAUCCGAAACGAAAGAGUUUAGACGAGCCCAUUAUUGGGAGUUUGACAACUUGAGUGGGUUGUCAACUGCUUCGACAGCAGUUUGGGGAUACAAGGGAACCGUGUCGGAUGCGGCUUUUAUGGAUGUAAAUACAUCCCUCUAUUCCCAAUUGUGUACAAUCGAAGUGGACCUCUCACAUCUGAAGCCUUCUCCCAAGAAUGUGAACGCCAGCAAUUCGACCUAUUACAAGGUAGACUAUGAGUUGAUCAUGUUGUUCGGUGGUACGGAGUUGAAGGCGCAGCUCGCGUGGAAGGAGCAUGGUGUGGAGAAACGAAGCGCUGCGAAGAUUGUGUAUUCCGAUUGA